AUGGAAAUAGAAAAGGUCCUGGAAGGAAAGGGUGUCAUAAAACAAAUUCAACACAAUGUACUAUCAAACAUCCUCAAUUGGGAAGAUAACUCGAGCUUAUGUGCUAAGAGACUUUGGAUUCCCUCUAAAGAAUCCUCCAGAUACUCCAAAAAAGGCGAUAAAACCGAUCAGACUAUCAGCAAGGAGGUGUAA